AUGGUUGGUCAACGUGCAAUUAAACAAAUUUGUUACCACUUCACAAUUGAAACUGUUCAACUUUGUCGCAGCGAUGGGGAUCUUAUCGAGGCUGUUGUUUUCGAGGUUGUGGUUAGGCUCAAGACAAGACAAAGAAAAGUGACUAGAGAUUUAGUUGGAAUGGAGGAUCGAAUAGCAGCCAUAAAUGGUCUAUUGGACAUCCAAUCCGGUGGUGUGCGGGUUAUUGGAAUUUAUGGAAUGGGCGGUAUUGGUAAAUCAACACUUGCCAAGAUCAUCUAUAACCAACUAUGUCCUCGCUUUGGGAAAAAUUGUAGCUUUCUUGAUGGUGUAAGGGAAACAGCAAAAACCAAAGGCCUAAUCAAGUUGCAAGAACAAUUGUUAUCCGAUAUCUCUAAUUCUAGAGUGGCUCGAAAUAUUGAUAACAUUGACUAUGGAAUCAAUACAAUUAGAGAAACAAUUUGCAACAAGAAGGUACUAGUUGUAUUGGAUGAUGUUGAUGAGGGAAACCAAAUCGAAUACCUUAUUGGAAUUGAUUCUCUGUACAAUGGUACUAGGAUACUUGUUACCACUAGGGACAAAAGUGUCAUAAAAAUCAGAGGAUUGAAGUAUGAAAUUGUGCCUUAUGAAAUGGAGGUGUUAAGCGACAAAGAUGCACUUCAACUUUUUAGCAGGCAUGCCUUCGAUGCUGACUUUCCUCCAGACAAACUAUAUGACACUUCAAAAGACAUCAUCUCUACUACGGGUGGACUCCCUUCAGCUCUUCAAGCAAUAGAAAUGGAUCAGCGGCAGAUAUUUCUCGAUAUUGCAUGCUUUUUCAUUGAUAAAGAUAAGACUAAUCCAGUCUUUGCAUGGAAAGAUUGUGGGUUCAGCCCAGAGUAUGCUAUUGAUGUCCUUAUUAACCGAUGCACUAUAAAGGUUUUAGAUGAAAAUAAGUUUUGGAUGCAUGAUCAAUUUAGAGAUCUUGGAAGGGCAAUUGCUAAUCAAGAGCGUUCCAGGUUGUGGGCUUCAGACGAUAUCAUUCGCGAAUUAAGAUCAACAGAGAUCAAGAGUAGCGUUCAAGCACUGGAUUUGACAAAAUUGUCAAAGACUGAUAAUAACUUAACCGUCACUGCGGAGGAAAUUAAACGUUUCCCACAUCUUCGGCUGCUGUGGUUGCAUAACAUAACCUGCCAAGGCGACUUUACGGGCUGUCUUUCCGAAUUGAAAUGGAUUAGUGUGUUUUACCCUGAUAAAAGUUCCGAACGUCAUCCACGUUUUGAGGCAACCAAUUUGCAUCUAGAAAAUGUGGUUGUGGGGAAUUUCGUUGGCCAUGGGUUCACGGAUGAUCAUGUCAGGGGCCUGAUCAAGUGGUUGACUGAUUUGAGUAUUGAGUCAUGUCAGAGUCUUGGAAAAUUGCCAGAACAAAUUGGAGAGCUACCGAAUCUUCAGCACCUCUCUCUUAGGAAUUGUGAUAGCUUGAGUGAACUCCCCAAUCAGUUUCGAAAUUAG